AUGCGGGAAAUCGUGCACAUUCAGAUUGGCCAGUGUGGCAACCAGAUCGGAUCCAAGUUCUGGGAGGUGAUCGGAGAAGAACAUGGGAUUGACCCUGCUGGGGGCUACUGUGGGGCCUCCGCCCUGCAACUGGAGCGGAUCAGCGUUUACUACAAUGAAGCCUACGGUAAAAAGUAUGUGCCCCGAGCUGUCCUUGUGGACCUGGAACCUGGGACGAUGGACAGCAUCCGAUCCAGCAGAUUAGGAGCCCUCUUUCAGCCUGAUAAUUUUGUUCAUGGUAACUCAGGAGCUGGUAACAACUGGGCCAAGGGCCACUACACCGAGGGAGCAGAGCUGAUCGAGAGCGUCCUGGAUGUGGUGAGGCGGGAGAGCGAGAGCUGCGACUGCCUGCAGGGUUUCCAGAUCGUGCACUCUCUGGGUGGGGGCACCGGCUCAGGCAUGGGCACCUUGCUCAUGAACAAGAUCAGGGAGGAAUACCCAGACCGGAUCCUUAACUCCUUUAGCGUCAUGCCGUCCCCCAAGGUGUCCGACACGGUGGUAGAGCCCUACAAUGCCGCCCUGUCCAUCCACCAGCUGAUUGAGAACACAGAUGCCUGUUUCUGCAUCGACAACGAGGCACUCUACGACAUUUGCUUCCGCACCCUGAGGCUGACGACACCCACCUACGGCGACCUCAACCACCUGGUGUCCUUGACCAUGAGUGGCAUCACCACCUCGCUACGGUUUCCCGGCCAGCUCAACGCGGACCUGCGCAAGCUGGCGGUGAAUAUGGUGCCCUUUCCUCGUCUCCACUUCUUCAUGCCAGGCUUCGCUCCACUCACGGCCCAGGGCAGUCAGCAGUACCGAGCCCUCUCGGUGGCUGAGCUCACCCAACAGAUGUUUGAUGCCCGCAACAUCAUGGCCGCCUGUGACCCUCGCCGCGGUCGCUACUUGACUGUGGCUUGCAUCUUCCGGGGUAAGAUGUCCACUAAGGAAGUAGACCAACAGCUGCUGUCCGUGCAGACGAGGAACAGCAGCUGCUUCGUGGAAUGGAUUCCCAACAACGUCAAGGUGGCUGUGUGUGACAUCCCACCCCGCGGGCUGAACAUGGCAGCUACCUUCCUGGGUAACAAUACAGCCAUCCAGGAGCUCUUCACCAGGGUCUCCGAGCACUUCUCGGCCAUGUUCAGAAGGAAAGCUUUUGUGCACUGGUACACCAGCGAAGGGAUGGACAUAAGUGAAUUUGGGGAAGCUGAGAGUGAUAUCCAUGACCUGGUAUCUGAGUACCAACAAUUUCAAGACGUCAAAGCAGGGCAGGAGGAGAGCGAAGAGGACAGGGCGGAAGAGGAGGCAGAAAUGGAGGCAGAAGAUAAGGAACAUUAG